AUGUCAAAUCUCAGGGAGAAAAUCGCUGCCUUUGAGAGCCGCAGUCUAAUUUCGACUCAGCCUCCACCUCUUCAUCACAAAGACAAGGAUCAACAGCAGCUUCAUUCACCUCAACAGCCACCACAAACGAAUAGUAGUAGCAGUAGCAGUGGUGUCGGUGGUGGUGGUGGUGGAUUGAAUGUUCCUCCUUCCGUAGGCCACAGCACUCCUUCUACCCCAACUGUUGUUGCAACGAACAUUAGUCACCAAACUACAUCAUCGGCUAAAACUCCAACUUCAUCUCAUCAUUCAAACGGAAAACAACUUCCACCAACACCAACCGAUAGGAGCUCUCUCAAUAUUGGACUCACAAGAAACACAAAUAAUAAUCCUCCAACGAACACUACUCCCCGAUCAGCAACGAUCAUGACUCCACAACAACAUCAUAAUCUUCCAUCAAUAGAGUCAUCACCUCCACAGAAUGGAAAAUCUGAGCAAAACGAUCAAUAUGAUUCUACAUCCUCUACCGAAGAUGAAGAUAUCACAAAUGGAGCUAUGAAUGGAGGAAGUGGUGAAGAAGAAGAAUCCAUUGAUAAUAAUCAACAACAACAACAACAACAACAAAACACAACAACACCAUCACAACAAAGAGUACAAUCUACUGACCUUCAUCAAUUACCAAAAAACAAACCUGCUGUUCCAAAUAGAUUUAGAAACAACGGAGGAGGUACUAUUGCAAGCACUGGCUCUAGCUCAGCUCAAUUUAGACCUAAACCAAAUCCAAAAUUACCUCCAAAUCUUCCUCAACCAAGACGUGCUCAAGCAUCUGUUGACUUUGGAAGCAAUCCUCGUGUUAACAUUAUUGGAACGACAGGAUCACCUCUUUCUGAUAGUUCCAGCAAUAAUCUUUCUGGUAAUAAUUUGUCAAGCGGUAACCUUGUAACAAAUUUAGAUCCCAACUCAUCCAUUUCGUACUCUGACUCUGCAUCAGCAUCAAGAAUCUCAAUGAGAGCAGGAACCAGCGGAAUGGUUUACGCAUCUGGAUUGUCUGCACUACCUGGUGACAAGGGACCACAAGGCAAGUUUAUUCCUUAUAUUCCAGCAGAAGUUGAGGCUGUUAUGAGCGUAACUACUGGUACGGCUGGUGUACACGCUCACACAGUCAGCAGAACAAGCAUGAGUAUCAGCUCUCUUGAUUUAGAUUCCGAAACUCAGCAAUUUGUUGGUAUUUACAAACAUCCUACCAAACAGCAAAUGGAUGCAGCGAUAGUUUUACAAAAAUAUAUCCGAAGAUGGGAGGCUCGUAAAACGUAUAAAAAGAUUCAAAAAGCCAGAGUGAAUCGAGAAAAUUGUGCCAAAGAAAUUCUUUCUACAGAGAAGAGUUAUGUGGAAUCUCUCAACAUUCUUCAAGAAGUGUACUUAAAACCAUUCAAAGCAAUGGCUGCCAAAGAAAAACCUAUUAUCACCAAAGAAGAGGUUCAAGCUAUUUUUUCUGACAUUGAUGUUAUUUUGAAUGUCAACACAACCUUUUUGAACGACUUGGAGGAGAGACUUAAAACAUAUGAACACAACGUUCAGAUUAGUGACAUUUUCCUUACCAUUGCUCCAUUCUUUAAAACAUACUCUCGAUAUUGUAACAACUUUGAUAAGGCAAACGAAGUAUUGAAAGAAUGCAAAAAACGAGAAGAUUUCAAAGAAGUGGUGGUAAAGAUGGACAAGGACAGUAGAACAUCCAAAUUGGGUCUUCAAAGUUAUCUUAUCUUGCCUAUCCAACGUAUUCCAAGAUAUAGACUUCUUUUACAAGAUUUGAUCAAACACUCUGGACCUGAUCAUCCUGACCACAAAGGAUUAAAAAAUGCUCUUGAUAAGAUUUGUGAAGUUGCUGAUCACCUUAACAACACAAUGAAAAUCAUUGAAGCUACAAAUGACAUUAUUAAGAUUCAAUCACAAUUCUAUGGUGACAUUAACCUUGUAGAACCUCACAGAAGAUUUUUGAAGGAAGGACCACUGCAAGAAAUUAUUUCCUCUGAUUUCACAAAAACAAGAGAAACCUAUAUUCAUUUAUUUAAUGAUAUAGUACUAUUCUCUCAAAAAGGAGGAAAAUUUACACUCAAAGUUCAAUUUCCCCUCAAUGACUUGGUUAUAUUUAAUUAUGUUAACCAAGACGAUCAGAUUGAUGAUUUAAUCUUCAAAGUCCAAUCUCCAAGCAAAGCAAUCAUUUUGAAAGCAGCCUCCAAAUCUGAAAAAGACAACUGGGCUAUUACCUUACACAAUCUUAUCAAGGAAUGUAAAAAUUCAAAGCGAAACAAGACACUUAACGUGGACGAACACACCAUUGCUGACGACUCUUCAACAACGUUUGCUCUUGCCAUGAGCGAUAAUGAUGAAAUUUCAAUUCCUCCUGAGGAAUGUGUUCGACGAAUGAAAGAAGGAUCUACAAUGCUCAAAUAUUGUAGAAAUGCCAAACCUCACUUUAGAAGAUUCGUCCUCAGUAGUGACGGAACAGAAUUAAUGUGGGGAUCUCCAAACAAACAAUCUCACGAGUCUAUUGUUUCAUUAACAGAUGUGAAGAAGAUUUGUUAUGGACAAAACACGGCUAUUUUCCAAAAGUAUAAGAAUCCUGAUCUUGAAGGUCUUUCAUUCUCACUUCUCUACAGAGAUAGAACUUUAGAUAUCGUAUGCAAAGAUAAACAAGAAUAUCAUAUCUGGGUUCAGGGUGUAACUUACUUACUCUCACACAUGGAAGACAUUCUGAACAAGAAACGAGUUGCUCCACCCACUACUUCUAACGAACCAAAAUUUGCACCACCUGCCCUUGUACAUGACAUGGAAAAUGAAAAACAAAAAUUCAAAGAACAAUUCGAACGAAUUGGAGAUGGCUAUACAUGGGGUCAAGGAGCUUGUGGUGGUCUUGGUCAUGGAAAUCAAGAAGAUAAGAAAGAACCUCUUGUUAUGAAAGACUUUUUGUAUUUGGAUGUAUCUUUGGUUGCAUGUGAAAACUCUGCAGGAGCUGGUGUCAUGUUUACUGGUGAGUUAUUCACGUGGGGAAAAGGUGAGAAAGGAAGAUUGGGUCAUGGUGAUACCAACGAUAGAAUUAAGCCCACCUAUGUUAAAGCAUUACAAGGAAGGAACAUCAAAUAUGUCAGCAUGGGUAAUUUACAUACAUUAUGCCUUGAUGAUACUGGCACCGUGUUUGCUUUUGGUGACUACCAAUAUGGCCAAUGUGGUCUUGAAAAAGUGGACGGUUUUACUUCAACACCAACACCUCUACCUAUUUGUACCAAUGGCUUCAAAGUUACUACGAUAGCUUGCGGUCAUUGGCAUUCAGCCAUUGUUUCCAACGAUGGACAAUUAUUAACUUUUGGAAGAGGAGAAGAUGGUCAACUUGGAUUUGGAGAUAAAAGUAAUAGAGCAACUCCAACUAGAGUUAAAGGAGUUUUGGAUGACUAUAAGAUUGUAGAUGUUGCUUGUGGUCUCUGGCACACCAUGGCCCUUACUGAAGAGGGAUAUCUUUUCACUUGGGGAAACAAUACCUAUGGACAAUGUGGUCACAAUAAUACUGACGAGUAUUUAUUACCAGCAUUUGUUGAGACCUUUAGAAACAUGCCUGUAAAACAAAUUGCUGCUGGUAGUGCUCACAGUGGUUGUAUAACAGAAGGAGAUGGAGCUGUAUAUAUGUGGGGUAAUGGUAUUUAUGGACAAAUUGGAAAUAAUUCAAAUACUCAUGCUUUGAGCCCUAUGAGAGUCAAGUUUGGCAAACUUAAGGCCAAGCAACUUGUUUGUGGUGUGAACCAUGCAAUGACUUUGAUGGAGGAUGGAUCAGUGUAUGCUUGGGGUGCUGGUACCUAUGGUAGACUUGGAAUCAACAGUGAAGGUGAUCAACGAGUUCCUGUUAGAAUCACAUUUUUCGACGAUAAGAGUGUUCGUACACUUGGUGCAGGAGGUUCUCAAAGUGCAGCUGUUUGUGCUCACCAAUGGGUUCCAGAUAAAGAUGCUACAAAUUGCAUGAAUGAAAGUUGCAAAGCCAAAUUCACCUUCCUUAAAAGAAGACACCACUGCAGAUACUGUGGAGGCAUUUUCUGUGGAAAUUGUACUACAAAGAGAAUCACACUACUUCGUUUUGGUUUUGAUGAACCAGUCAGAGUUUGUGACAAUUGUUAUCAAAUUUUAACAAACGCUGCUCAAACCUAUAAGAGAUAA